CAAGUGCAGUUUUAAACAGUUGCAAUCGUUAUGAAGGCUCAUCUGGUUCUAUUGUUGUAUUGUUUGGCUGUGGUACAGUGCGACUAUGGCGAUCUUGACGGUGCUGAAAAUUUUGGUUCUGGAGACUUUGAAUGGAAUGAAAUGAGAGAACAGUGUCCAGGACGAGCCCAAAGUCCGAUCGCCCUGGACACGUACGCAACAGUACUGGGUGUUGAGAGACGACCACUGGAGCUGUUGGGAUACCAAGAGAACCCAAGUCAGGUUGUUGUAACUAACAAUGGAUACUUAGCCGUUUAUACGUUCGAAUAUCCCAACGGCCAAGUGAUUACAGCCAGAGGCGGUCCUUUGCGUGGUACAUUUCAAUUUGACAGCCUCCAUUUUCACUGGGGAGAAGAUUCUGACCGGGGAGCAGAACACGUGGUUGACGGCCGUCGCUACGCCAUGGAAAUGCAUCUGGUCUUCUACAACACCAUGUACGGAUCGUUCAUGGGAGCUCGAAAUCAGACGAAUGGUUUGGCAGUGCUGGGAAUAUUCUUCAACAGUACUAACACUGAUGUAAACUAUGGGUGGAUUCCGGCACUCAGUGAGGUCCGAACGGCGGGAACUAGCUAUACACUGCCUGAUCCUACCGUUUUCAACAUCAAGGGCCUGAUCGGAGCUAGGAGACGGCCAUACUACUCUUACCAUGGUAGUUUGACUACGCCUCCGUGUUUUGAAACCGUUACCUGGCUGGUCCAACGAAAGCCUCUGCCGAUUUCCGAAGAACAACUGGAUUACUUCCGUUCGCUGCGAGAUGGGAAUGGCAACCCGCUGGUCGAUAACUAUCGAGAAUUGCAGCCCAUCAACGGCAGAACGGUUUAUUUCUAUCCGUCGGACUUUCGAACGAGAGGAAAGUAAUUUUCAAACCAAUUUGGUGUUCUGUGUGUGCGAUGAUAGACAAUCUAUGAAUCUAUUUAAUCGACAGCUGUUUAGACGAAAUUUGAAUACCACAUGAUUAUCAUUCCCUCACAAUAUAA